ACGCAUUCGUGCUCGAUUACAGCCGCGGUCAUGUCUGGCAGAGGCAAGGGCGGGAAGGGGCUCGGCAAGGGCGGCGCCAAGCGCCACCGCAAGGUGCUGCGCGACAACAUCCAGGGCAUCACCAAGCCGGCCAUCCGCCGCCUGGCGCGGCGCGGCGGCGUCAAGCGCAUCUCGGGGCUCAUCUACGAGGAGACGCGCGGCGUGCUCAAGGUCUUCCUGGAGAACGUCAUCCGCGACGCCGUCACCUACACCGAGCACGCCAAGAGGAAGACGGUCACGGCCAUGGACGUGGUCUACGCGCUCAAGCGCCAGGGACGCACCCUCUACGGCUUCGGCGGUUAAACUCGCCUUCGAUAACAGCUCGUUUUUAGCAACCCAAAGGCUCUUCUCAGAGCCACCCA